AUGUGCCGGACCCUUUCCGCCUUCCCCACCACUUGCCUGGAGAGAGCCAAAGAGUUCAAGACACGGCUGGGAAUCUUUCUUCACAAAUCAGAUUUGGGCUCUGAUACUGGGAGUGUUGGCAAGUUCGAGUGGGGCAGUAAACACAGCAAAGAGAGCAGAAACUUCUCAGAAGAUGUACUGCGGUGGAGAGAAUCUUUCGACUUGCUGCUGAGCAGUAAAAAUGGAGUGGAUGCCUUCCAUGCCUUCCUGAAGACUGAGUUCAGUGAGGAGAACCUGGAGUUCUGGCUAGCCUGCGAGGAGUAUAAGAAGAUCCACUCGGCUACCAAGCUGGCCUCCAGGGCUCAUAGGAUCUUUGAAGAGUUCAUUGGCUGUGAAGCUCCUAAAGAGGUGAACAUAGAUCAUGAGACCAGGGAGCUCACGAGGAAGAACUUGCAAGCUGCUGCAGCCACGUGCUUUGAUGUGGCUCAGGGGAAGAUACGCACCCUGAUGGAGAAGGACUCCUACCCACGCUUCCUGAAGUCCCCUGCUUACCAGGACCUGGCUGCCCAAGCCACGUCCUCCUCAGCCUCCCCAUCCAGUUGCAGCCUGGCUGAUCCCUUAUGCACCUGAGCCUACAUGGCAGUGAGGAGCCAGCCGGGAAGAGAGGUGGAGUCACUCGUCCCUGAGGCUGCAGACCCUGAGUGGGAGGCUGGUUCUGCAAAGCGAGUGUGAGAGGACA